AUGGAUAUGUCACUGGGUGAUAAAGGACCUGCUAUACUUCAGUUGCUCAAAUGGGACCCUUCUCAGCCCCAGCUAAACUUGUCAGAGUUCCUUGUAGCUUACAUUUCACCUACAAGACAGUUACUAUUGUUGCUAUAUCAGUGUGAGGCUUUAUUGUUUCCUCUACUUACAGGUAAUUAUAAUUUGGAGAGUAAUUUUGAUGAAAGUCUCCAAAGUCCAGAGACAGAGCCUGGUAGGUCAGGUUCGACAAGGGAGGAUUUGCCGUGCACUUCUGGAUCAGUUGGAGAUGUUAAUAAUGAUUUGAGUUUUGGAGGGGAUAGUUUAAGAGAUCAGAGUUACCCUUUUGUUGGUGAUGUUAACUCUCUGGCUUGGGGAAUUUGUGAGGACACUUAUAAUCAGCACAAUGAUGCGUUAUUUAGAGAACUUUUGUUUGUGUGUGGCAAGCAAGGUAUUAUGCCACUAUUACGAAAGGAUGAUGCUUUGCAACUGGGGAAUGAAACUCUAGAUGAUGGUGCACUUGCAACAACACCGGAAAGUAAUAGGCACUGGGAGCAAGCACGCAACUGGGCCAGACAGCUGGAGGCCAGUGCCGGAGUUUGGAAAUCUGUUGUUCAUCAUGUAACUGAAACACAGGCUGAAUCCAUGGUAGCUGAGUGGAAGGAAUUUCUUUGGGAUGUUCCCGAGGAAAGGAUCGCUUUAUGGGGGCAUUGCCAAAUCCUGUUCAUCAGAUAUUCCUUCCCUGAUUUACAGGCUGGGCUAUUUUUCCUCAAGCAUGCAGACGCUCUGGAAAAAGAUCUUCCAGCUAGGGAGCUUCAUGAGCUGUUGCUGCUUUCACUACAAUGGUUAAGCGGAAUGAUCACUCUGUCCAAACCAGUUUAUCCACUUCAUCUGAUUCGAGAAAUCGAGACUAGAGUAUGGCUGUUGGCUGUAGAAUCAGAGGCACAGGUUAAGAGUGAAGGAGACUUCAAUCUAAGCAGUUCCAUCCUUGAUCUCAUUGACAGAACAGCAAGUAUCAUAACAAAGAUGGACAAUCACAUUGGUACAUUUAGAAACAGAACCGUAGAGAAACAGGAUGCAAGGGAAAAUAACCAGGGAUAUCACAAGAACCAAGUAUCAGAUGUUAGCUUUCCAACCACAACAGCAGGGAGUACAAAGACAAAACGAAGGGCAAAAGGCUAUGUGCCAUUAAGACGGAGUAGCCCAGUACUGGACUCACUAGACAGAAGUGCUGAUCCUGAUGAGGGUUCUAAUUCUCUUCAUGUUAGAUAUGAGCUGCAGUCUCAGGAUGAAAACUUAAAAACAGACAUGUCAUUUUCACAUUGGGAGGAAAGGGUUGGACCUGCAGAGCUGGAAAGAGCUGUUCUUUCUUUAUUAGAAUUCGGACAGAUAGCUGCUGCAAAGCAACUCCAGCACAAGCUCUCUCCAGUAAAAGUACCUUCAGAAAUUUUACUUGUGGAUGCUGCGCUGAAACUUGCCGCUAUGUCCACUCCAAAUAAAAAGGUAUCUGUAGCAAUGCUUGAUGAAGAAGUACGUGCAGUUAUUCAGUCCCACAAUAUUAUGACCAUGCAACAUGAAGUUGAUACAGUGCAGGUCCUGGAGAGUCUAGCAACUGUUUUUACUGAAGGAGCAGUCAACAAAGCAGCAUGUAUGUUAGGUCUUUCAUUUUCGGAGGCAUUUGUUAAGCAGCCAAUUGAAUUACUGCAACUGCUUUCCCUUAAAGCACAGGAAUCGUUUGAGGAGGCACAUCUCCCUGUCAGAACUCAUACAAUGCCUGCAGCCAGUAUUGCUCGGAUUCUUUCAGAAUCCUUUCUAAAGGUUGGGCUUUUCACUACUCAUCGUGGAGGAUACAUGGAUUCAAAAAAAAAAGGACCUGCUCCAUUACUCUGGAGGUUUUCAGACUUCUUAAAGUGGGAAGAGCUUUGUCCUUCGGAACAAGAAAUUGAGCAUGCAUUAGUCUUGGUUAUUACUGGACAAGAAGUACCACAUGCCUGUGACGUUGAGCUUCUAAUAUUGUCACACCACUUCCACAAACUAUCAUCCUGCCUUGAUGGAGUUGAUGUUCUUGUAGCCCUUGCAGCUACCAGAGUCGAAGCUUAUGUGUCUGAGGGUGAUUUUUCAUGUUUGGCCCGUCUGAUAACUAGAGUAGGGAACUUCCAUGCCCUCAAUUUCAUUCUUGGAACUCUUGUUGAAAAUGGCCAACUGGAUCUCCUUCUUCAGAAGUAUUCAGCUGCUGCAAAUACGAAUGCUGGCACUGCUGAGGCCAUCCGUGGAUUUCGAAUGGCUGUUCUGACAUCACUUCUUAAAGUUCAUGAGAAUUUAAAGCUAUACAAUGAAUUUAUUACUUGCCUAUAUGUUGAGAAACAAUUAGUCUACAACCACUUUGACAUGAAACAUGAAACGGCUGCUCUUUUGGAGUCACGAGCCGAGCAGUCAUCAGAGCAGUGGUUCAUUCGUUUUGACAAGGAUCAGAAUGAGGACCUUCUAGACUCCAUGCGUUAUUAUAUUGAAGCUGCUGAAGUUCACAAAUCCAUUGAUGCUGGCAAAACACGCAGAGCAUGUGCUCAGGCCUCCUUGUUGUCCCUUCAGAUUCGCAUGCAAGAUUUCCACUGGCUGUACCGAUCCGAAACCAAUGCCAGGCGCCUAGUUGAGCAGUCUCGUUUCCAAGAGGCCCUCAUUGUUGCUGAAGCCUAUGAUCUUAAUCAGCCAAGUGAAUGGGCCUUGGUACUUUGGAUCCAGAUGCUCAAACCAGAAGUUCUGGUAGAUUUUGUGGUUGUUCUUCCCCGCCAGCCCUCAAUGCUGGUUGAUCUGGCAAGGUUUUAUAAGGCCGAGGUGUCAGCAAGAGGGGACCAAUCUCAGUUCUCAGUUUGGUUGCCAGCGGAAUGGGCGAAGGAUCUGGGGAGGUCGUUUAGAUGCUUGUUGAAACGGACAAGAGAUUUGAAGUUGCCGUUGCAGCUGGCUACUGUAGCAACUGGUUUUGGAGAUGUCAUUGAUGCAUGUACAAAGGCUUUAGAGUUUAGACACGAUCCCUGAGAAUGUUGAAUUAACCAAAUUUUACACUAAAGCCUUUGUAAAUUAGCGAUCUAAUUUAGGAAUUUGGUUUAAGAAUUAGGACGUUAGUCUUUAGGGUCGGUGAUAAAAAUUAAGUGAUUUCAAAAACGACUUUAGGCAUUCGUAUCUUGGUAAUGGCCUUCUUUAGGACAUAUUAGUGGUGUUUUUAGUUUACCGGAAAUUAUAACGGUCAAACUAUAUCUGA